UUAAAUGCGAUAUUUUCAGUCAAACGGGAUGUUUCUCCUCUGUUGUCCUCGUUUUCAACACCUGCUGCUCUCUAAUCAGGACCACCUGCCAGGGUUUUGUCUGUGGUGCUACUUAAAACGCCAUAAAACCCGAACAGUCCAGUAGGUGGCGGUAAUGCACCUAUAAGCUGGUUUGCCAACCGCCAAUAAACACCAAAGAAGAAGAAGACACAGGAAGUGUUGCGUCGUUUCUGUGUUCAACAACAUUUCAACCAGUGCGUCUGUCGUCAUGUCUUCUCACCACUAGCCUUUAACCAGCCGGUACUAGUAUAACAACACAUCUAAGAGGUUAAACAUGCCUAAGGUGGUGUCUAGGAGCGUUGUGUGCUCGGACACCAGAGACCGAGAGGAGUACGACGACGGAGAGAAGCCGCUGCACGUCUACUACUGCCUGUGCGGUCAGAUGGUCCUGGUGCUGGACUGCCAGCUGGAGAAGCUGCCCAUGAGGCCCCGGGACCGAGCCCGGGUUAUCGACGCCGGCAAACACGCCCACAAGUUCUGCAACGUGGAGCCGGACGAGAACGCGUACCUGAAGAGAGCCGAGGGCAUCGAGAGGCAGUACCGCAAGAAGUGCGGCAAGUGCGGCCUGCUGCUCUUCUACCAGCACCAGGCGAAGAACAACCCGGCCACCUUCAUCGUGGACGGAGCCGUGGUGAAGUUCGGCCAGGGCUUCGGCAACACCAGCGUCUACAGCCAGAAGCAGCCGGAGGCGCCCAAGAAGGUCCGUGUGAUGAUGACCAAGCGGACCAAAGACAUGGGCAAGUUCAGCUCCGUCACGGUGUCCACCAUCGACGAGGAGGAGGAGGAGAUCGAGGCCAGGGAGGUGGCCGACUCGUACGCACAAAACGCCAAGGUGAUCGAGAAGCAGCUGGAGAGGAAGGGCAUGAGCAAGAGGAGGCUGCAGGAGCUGGCUGAGCUGGAGGCCAAGAAGGCGAAGAUGAAGGGCACUCUUAUUGAUAAUCAGUUCAAGUAGAGGAGGCUCAAUGUGAGGGACAUAUUGUGACACAAAGUCAUCCUCUGGAGAUCUUCAUCCACAGUGAACCCAUGUAUUAUCUGUCUGUACUGGCCAGUAGUUUGUCAGCCAGUACUGGACAGUACAUAGAGAGGACAAUAUUUGGACAUAUCAGUGCAGAGCUGGUGAUUUGUGUAGGGGUUGCAUAUUAAGAUGGUGAUCUUUGUUGUAGACCUUUAAAUGUGUUUACCGUUUGUUAUUUUAUACAAAAAUUAAAAGACCAAAUUAACCUUUUUGGUAUUUUUUUAAAAUAAUUUGUUCCACGUGUAAUAUUCACAGUGUUGUCUGUAAGUCCUGCCAAAGUCUUCAGGUGUCGGGAAUCAUGAGUUCAAGGUGUCAAAUAGUGUGUAGAGGUCUUGAAAAUGUAUGUUGGUAUACACACGUAUUAAAACAUGACUGAAUGGUAGAAUAAUUGAGAAAGUACUAUGCUGAAUGAAAUUAGGUAUGCAAACAUACUAGAGAUGAAAUGAUUUAUCGAUUGUCUGAAAAAUAAUCAGCAAGAAUUCUGAAAAAUCAAUAAAUCAAUUAAGUAA